GUAUGUAUACGUAUGUACAUGCAUGCAUAUAGACUGAUAACUAUGCUUAGGUACAUAUGUAUUCAGCAGAGCUCAGGUUGUUAUUUAUUUCCACAGCUUUAUAUUCUGUCAUAUUGUUCUGUGUGUUCUUCUGGAUCCCUUUUGUCUACUUCUACUAUGAGGAAAAGGAUGAUGAUGAUACUGGUAAAUGCACUCAAAUUAAAACGGCACUCAAGUACACGUUGGGAUUUGCUGUGAUUUGUGCACUUCUUCUUUUAGUUGGUGCUUUUGUUCCUUUGAAUGUUCCUAGUAACAAAAAUUCUACAGAGUGGGAAAAAGUGAAGUUUCUGUUUGAAGAACUUGGGAGUAGUCAUGGUUUAGCUGCCUUGUCAUUUUCCAUUAGUUCUCUGACCUUGAUUGGAAUGUUGGCAGCUAUAACUUACACAGCCUAUGGCAUGUCAGCAUUACCUUUAAAUCUGAUAAAAGGUACUAGAAGUGCUACUUACGAACGUUUAGAAAAUACUGAAGACAUUGAAGAAGUGGAGCAACACAUUCAAACGAUUAAAUCAAAAAGCAAAGAUGGUCGACCUCUGUCAGCAAGGGAUAAACGUGCCUUAAAGCAAUUUGAAGAAAGGUUACGAACACUUAGGAAAAGAAAGAGGCACUUAGAAUUCAUUGAAAACAGCUGGUGGACAAAAUUUUGUGGUGCUCUGCGUCCCCUGAAGAUCAUUUGGGGAAUAUUUUUCAUCUUGGUUGCAUUGCUGUUUGUAAUUUCUCUCUUCCUAUCAAAUUUAGAUAAAGCUCUUCAUUCAGCUGGAAUAGAUUCUGGUUUCAUAAUUUUUGGAGCCAACCUGAGUAAUCCACUUAAUAUGCUUUUGCCUUUGCUACAAACAGUUUUCCCUCUUGAUUAUAUUCUUAUAACAAUUAUUAUUAUGUACUUUAUUUUUACUUCAAUGGCGGGAAUUCGAAAUAUUGGUAUAUGGUUUUUUUGGAUUAGAUUAUAUAAAAUCAGAAGAGGCAGAACCCGGCCCCAAGCACUCUUAUUUCUUUGCAUGAUACUUCUGCUUAUUGUCCUUCACACUAGCUAUAUGAUUUACAGUCUUGCUCCUCAGUAUGUUAUGUAUGGAAGUCAAAACUACUUAAUAGAGAGCAAUACAACCUCUGAUGACCAUAAAGGCAAUUCAACUCUUUCUGUGCCAAAGAGAUGUGAUGCCAAUGCCCCUGAAGAUCAAUGUACUGUUACACGGACAUAUCUGUUCCUUCACAAGUUCUGGUUCUUUAGUGCUGCAUACUAUUUUGGUAACUGGGCCUUUCUUGGAGUAUUCUUGAUUGGAUUAAUUAUAUCCUGUUGUAAAGGGAAGAAAUCAGUCAUUGAAGGAGUAGAUGAAGAUUCAGACAUAAGUGAUGAUGAGCCUUCUGUCUAUUCUGUGUGACGGCCUUCUGUCUUAAAGUUUAUAGAGCUGACUGAAUAUCUAUGAUGCAUUUUUAAAGUUUUAAUGUAACAUUAGGAUGACCUAUCUAGCUUUCAUCAAAAGUGGGAGCAUGGCCAUUGAAAAGAACUAUAUUUUUUAUGUUUUCUGAAAUGACAUUACUGUACCAUAGAUUAACAUUUAAAUUCACUGUAACAAUACUGUGUAAAUAUAAAACUACCAGCUUUGUGAGGAAAUGUUUAUGGAAAAAAUUUUUUCUUUAAUGUGUAAUAGUGUUAAAUUGAUUAAAAAUAUUCCAGAAUUAAUAUUCCCUUUUGUUGUUUUUAAAAACAUAAUCACUGUAUCUGUGC